AGAAGCAACAGUCCAAACAGUAGCUCGUCGACCUCGCCGUGUAGCAGACGGAUCAACAGACUGGCACUUUGAAAUUUGCUAACAACUCUCAGUGCAUUUCAUAAUCCUAUACUUGAUCAUUUAUCCAUUUAUAUUUUUAAUCAUGGAUACAUACACCGAUACCGAGGAACUGGAAGACAAUCUAAUACAAUUACGAACAAUUGAAACGCAAAACAAAUUAAUUGAUCAGGUGGAAAGGCGAACAGCUAUUUGGGAUCCACGAAAAAAGAACCAUGUAAAUAGGAUGGUUCUGGAUAUAUAUUGGAAGGACAUCGGAGAAGCCAUUGGAAAAACAGGCAAAGAAGCCAGAAGAAUGUGGAGAAGCUUACGACAAGAGUUCAAAAAGCAAUUGGACAGGGAAAAGGUUAGUAGAGGGGAUGGUACCAGCUCUGACUCGUUUGAAUCCACCUGGCCGUUUUUCAAGAGGUUACAAUUCUUAAAAGACCAAGGGAAAAGUCAGAAAAUUGAAUCUGUACCACCAGUAGUUUGUAUUUCCGAUGAUUCCGAAAUAGAUGAACCAUUUCUACAAAACGAAACGGCCACGGAUAUCGCUAUAACGAGACCUGCUAAGAAAUUGAAAAUGGAGGAAGAUAAAUCUGAAAGUGAAGAAGGGAAACUAGUACUUAGGUACAAUGUAGAGGACGAUGAUAUGUGCUUUUUCAUCUCAUUGUUACCACACGUGAAAACUCUCCCUCUUAACAAACAAUUUGAAUUUAGAGUGGAAACGCAAAAAUUAUUGUAUGAGUUGACGUUCAACAAAAAUAUAUAUGAGAUACCGCGAGAGGAGUCAGAGGAACCAACAGCGACACAUCGUGUUGACACUAACACUAAUCUAUAUUAAAAUCACUAUCAUUGUCAUUGCAAAUCAGGGUAGCUCAAGGAGUGAAGGGAAGACAUAUAUAUAACAUUAUUGAGUACAAAUAUGUUCCCGCCGUUUUUCAUCUUAAAUUGAGCAUUUAUUGCGAAAGAACGUACCUUAUGCUUUAUUCAAAGUAUUAUCCAUCGCUGGUCACUGCUUUUUCCCAUCUUUCUGGCAGCAUCCGGAUACCGCGUCAGAAGAACGCUUCAUUUUUUUACACUAGCCAUGAAUCGACCCAAUUUUUGGUAUUUUCAUAUGAUGUGAAGUGCUGCUCAGACAAACCAUACGUCAUCGAUCGAAACAAGUAGUAUUCAGAAGGAGCAAUAUUUGGUGAAUAUGGCGAGUAGGGUAAAACUUCCCAAUUAAGUGUUUCCAAGUAGGUUUUGUCCGGCGCAACAUGAGGACGAGUAUUAUCAUGCAGAAGAAUGAUUUUGUCGCAUCUGGAGUAAUAAUGGGCGCGUUUUUCCUUGAGUGCUCGGCUCAAUAUCAUCAACUGAGUUCGGUAGAGAGCUCCAGUAAUGAUUUCAUUCGUUUUCAUUCAAUAAUGCUUCCAAUUUCGCAUCUUCGUACACUUUCGGUCUUCCACUACGUUCUUUGUCUUCGACAUCAAAUUCACCGUUCUUAAACUUUUGAAACCACUCACGACAACUUCUCUCACUUAAUGCAGCCUUACCACAUGCUUCUACAAGCAAUCGAUGCACCUCAGCUGCAGAUUUCUUCAAAUUAAAGAAGUAAAUCAGAACUUCCCGCAAAUUACAUUUAUUUGACUCAAAACUCGAUAUCUUCGCACGAAAAAAAUACACAGUCGCUAAUAUUUCGAUGUUAUGUUGUUGACAAAUGUGUAACUUUACGAUAUGACAUCUUACAUCUGACACUACCUACCAUAACUUACUGGUUGCGUUAUCUGAUUUCAAACGGCGGAGACUUAUUUGUGCACCCAAAAAUAUCUGUGUUACUAUUAUCGAAUAUCGCUGUGGGUUUUGGAGCAACGUAAAGACAACCGUGCAUGCAUGCAAAACAACUAUACCUGAGUUCCCGAGAGUCUAGGAGCGUUUCGCGCAGCUUGGAAGGUUGUGGGGGUCGCAGCGAGCCUCCUCCAUACGGUUCAGUAUACACGGUAAAGCAUUGAGAUGCGCACAACGAUCAAAAACUGAACUGUGCCCGAUCCUAGACUCUCGGAAACUUAGAUAUAGGAAGUUGGACGCACAGUGCGGUGUUAAACGGAAUCUAUUUGAAGGGACCAUCGUCACAACGCCCAUGAUUUGCUACAUUCCUACGACAUUAAUCAAUGAACAGGGUCAAUUAGAACAACGAACAUCAAAAUGGGUCGAUUGACAAUAAAUGUUAUCAAUAGACUGCGGAUUUUCAUGGAAUUAGAGAAAAUCUUCGUGAAAGAAAAUGCACCUAUUUUAUACAAUUACCGAAAAUAUAUAAAACGAUUGAUGUAUAUUUCGUAUCAUGAAAUUAUAAGAAUGUAAAAUCUGUAUAAAUGGAUUACAUUUGUCAAAAUGUGAUUUUGCAUAGAAAUUCGCAGUCUAAUUAUUAAUAUCAAUGUUAUCGAUGUCUAAUAUUUAGCAAUCGUCGUACAUCGUUAGAUUUCGAUUGAUUGCUUAUGAUAUUUUCAUUACUAAUUAAUUUUUGCAUUUAAUGUAUACAAGAAACGCGUUUCACAUCUCGAUGUAAAUAACUUAUUUAAAAAAUUGAUUCAUGUAAAUUUCAAUGUGAAUUCUUUUAGUAUUAUUACAAGAUUUUAUUUAAUUUUUAAUGGUGGAUUGUUAGUCCUAAACCUGUUCCUCUGUUCCUUUAUAAUGAAACUUGUCGGCUGCAAGUAGACAUUUUCUGUUGACAUAUCAGUUAGUUACGCAUUACCUUCUAAUGUGAGUACAUCGGAUCGCGAAAAUGAACGAUUUUCAAGAUGCUUUUGAUAUAUUGAUGGUGCUAGGGGAGUGCCGUGAAUACUAUAGAAACGCCCAAUAUUUGUACGCGGCUCGUUUGCACACAUGGCUUUCAAGCGAUUAGCUGACCUUUUCUGUCGUUUCGGUACAGUGAAACAAACACGCGUCAAACGUCAAUCGACUAUUAUUGAAAAUAAUACCCCAUUUGAAGGUUCCAUUUGAAAAAGUGGAGUUAACCUUAGCGUAGCUUCAGCGCCUCCACCAGAAAAAAAUAAGAUGCGCCAGUAUGGCAGCC